AUGAAGUGCACCUACAUCCUCCCGCUCAUCGCCGCCACCCUAGUCGCCUCUUCAGUCCUAUCAAGCAGAGACCUGACCGAAAGACAAGCAAAAAAGUGCAAAACCUUCCAAAUCUUCAGAGACCCGGACGCCAUCACCGGCGGCAGCCCCAAUUUCGUAGGCACACCGCAAUGCUGCUGCCAAAACGAGCAGUGCCACGUCAUCGACCGGGUCAACGGCAUCAACACCUCGGCGAACUUGAACGAUUUCCUCGCGGGCACUUUCACUAUAGAGGAUGCUCGUGGUCAAGCUAAGGGGACGCCUGGAUCGAAUGAUAUCCGGGGGGCUACGUAUACUGUUGGAGCGCAGGGUGGCUGUAGCAAUUGUAGAGAGCCUUUCGAGCGAAUGAUUCCUGACGCAUUCACUGCAUUUUUGGCCGCUCCAGAAGGUCUCGCUACCGUCCAACAGAUCGACCUGAUAGGAGUCUUCAAGCCACAAAGGGCCAUCUAG